GCGCUGCCGGGGGCCGCGGCGAAUGGUGCGGGCCCUCAGGGUUCUCCAGGUGGAAAUGGCUCUGUGCCUCUGCCGACCUCCAGUGUUAAGGUGACAGAAAAUAUCACUGUGAAUAUAGCUUCCAACCAGACCAGUGAAGUUAACAACAGCACUGUGACACCAUUAGGAACUUCAGGACUGCCAAAAAAUGUCACAACUGUCACUAUGAAACCUGCAACUAUUGCUAAAAUAUCAACACCAGGGGUCUCACCACACGUGACUUCCACUGCCUCAAAGUCUACACCCAAAGCAAGUGCUUCCCCAAAGUCAACCCAGACAGCAGCAUCCAUGAUGACCACAGGCCACAGCAGUUUAAAGACAUCUAUCACGAUCACAGCGACUGUCCAUUCUGACAAGAGCAAAGGAUCAAAGUUCGACACCGGCAGCUUUGUUGGAGGAAUAGUGUUAACUCUGGGAGUCCUAUCUAUUCUCUACAUUGGAUGCAAAAUGUAUUAUUCAAGGAGAGGCAUUCGGUAUCGAAGCAUUGAUGAACAUGAUGCCAUCAUUUAAAUUACUCCACUGGCCAAGGAAAGAAGAGAGACUGCAGCCCUAUCAAAUAGUUUGGUUUAUAUUAGUCUGAAAUAUUAUUUUCUUGAAAAUAGUAUUAGCAAAUCAUGCAUAAAAUGAACAAUGUGUUCCAUGAAUGUGUGAAAAUCCCUUAUUAUUAAAGGUAAAGGGUGUAGUCUGGGCAGUUCAGUGAAUAUUUGGAGCUAACAGGUAAUUUAUCCAGUGGUUACGUAUACUUUAGAAAGUCAUAGCAAGACAAGUCCUGUCCUUCAGAGGGUGCCAUGACACUGAUUGUCACCGAGGGGCAGGGUCCCACAGAGUUGCAGAGCCUAUUGCAGCAGUGUCUGGUUGAUCACAUAACGAACUUAAGUGCCAUUCAGUGUUGGGUUGUGUCCUGAUUCACUCCUUGGGUUCCACAGCUCAGCUAACCAGCAAACCUUGGGAAGUCCCCACAUUUUAGGGUUUAUAGUCAGGGUUGACCUAGCAAGAACUUGCACCCUGAUGCAUCCCUCACAGCACCGUGCUUGUGUUAAAGACCCCCGGAGCACUGUGGAGCCUGGCCUUCACUAACCAGCUCUUUUCGGCUAUUCGUAUCGAUGCAUGAAUUUAGGAACGCUGCCGCACUUGACAUGCUUCUCAACUGCAGCAGGCCUGGCGAUCUAGGAGAACAAGUGGACUGCCGCCGUGGAAACCUGUCACACCGCUGGAAACCGCUGUACAUGCGCUCUUGUCAAUUUGAGUUUUAGUGAAUGUUUUUUAGGCAAUGUAGAGCUGCUCUCCAUAUACAGAAAUUUGUGAUGGAAUGUAAAAUACAUAAGUCCCCAUUAUAUGAUAUGCAAAUCAGUAUUUAGAAAUCUAUAUUGGCAGCAAAAUGCUGUGUUUGCUAAACCAGGGAUCAGGACCCCACCCCGCCCCAGGUCAAUAAACCUACAGGGUGGAGAUGCUAUAUUUUUUACACUAUCAACUUACUCAGUUUUGAGAAAAUGACUUUUUUAUACUAAGCUGUAUUUUGGAGUAAAUUCCAACUUCCUUAUUCCCAGGCCCUUUCCUUACCCUGGAAAGGGAGCUGCAUCCUGGUGUUUCCAGCAGAAGCUACAUCUGGUCACCCCUGCAGCCCACGCUCUCUGAACCUGGUCACCCCCGCAGCCCACGCUCUCUCUCUGCAUUUAGUUCUAUAGUUUAUAUUCCAAGUCAAACUCAGGGUCAAGUUUAACGAAAGAGGUGUUUAGUGUCAAAAUACUAAUAUAAUAUUUCUAUUGCAGAGGGCCAGAAUAAAUUACAGGAAUUUCUGAAAGUCUAGCAAUAAGCCAAAAAUGUCCUAAUGAGUGCUCACCUGUUACAGCUAAAAAUGUAAGUGUAACUUUUGUAAUCUGCUUCUGGUUUUCAAAAAACUAAAACUACCAAGAAAUUUUUAUAUAAAGAAGACUCAUUUCUACUUGCUGUAUAUCAGGGCCAACCAAUGUGGUAAAACAUGGAAUGCUCAAAUCUACAUUAACCCAGAGAGAAAGGAGGAAAUGCUAGGAAAUGGAGCACGGACUUAGGCUGGUCUCAAGUGUGGGCUGAUGGAAAAUGGGUGCUUUCUUCUCUUCAGGAUGAGGUGUAGGGUGCUGUGGUGGUGAGGGCUUGUUUUGUUUGCUACUGCAGUACCUGCGGGUGAUCUCCUUGAAGACUUGUUUCUUUAGCACUUUGAAGACAGAACCAUUUUCUUAAAGCACUGUCUUAGAAACUUUAGAAACUUGCCCUCAUUUCCUCUGAUUUGGGGGUUAAAGCGUAAUGUUGUUACAUUUUUUUUAAUUUGUUACUUUCAAAUACCAGGACUUUUAUUGAAAGGAUUUCUUUAUAAUCUGCCAAAACCAGCUUAAGCAAAUGCUCGCCUUUCCUGGCCUCCCUACAGAAUAUGUUAAGAUAAAACAGUUCCUAGAUGUUCAUUGUACACCAGGCAAGGCUACUCUGGCUUUAAAUUUGCUUCAGAAAUUCUAUGAAAGGGAUAAUUCUAAGGUAGAGAAAUUAGAGUUGGUAACAUUUUAUGGUGUCAUACUUUUGUAUCUUCUGGGGAAGAUUAGCUAACUCUUGUUACCGUUUUUCUAUAAUGACCAGUUUUGGUAUCUCCUUGUUACUAAGAUCUAUUUUUAGAAUAAAAUUUGUUCUCCACUCAAA